UUAAACUAAGAAGUUAUCAUGGAGAUAGUAAGAAGCUUAACCCUCAUUUUUCUAUUCUCUAUGGCCUUGUUUGGCCUAUGUAGUAGCAACCAAAGUGUUAAUGCAUCCACAACUCAAGCCAAUAAUGCGACCGCCUUGAUUGUUAACCUACCACAUGAUAUUACUACUUCCGAUUAUACUACAGUUACCUUAGGGGACAAGAAACGGCAGAAUGGAGGUGGAGGUGGAGGUGGUGGUGGUGGUGGCGGUAGAGGUGGGGGAGGAUGGGGUUGGGGAGGUGGCGGUGCAGGGUCAUGGAAGUGGGGCCGAUGUAGUGGAGGGGGACGAGGAGGAAGAAUGCGACAUGAAAAGCAAAGAUAUGGUCGUGGAAACUUUAAGUUAGGAGAAUUUGCACAAUGCAUGGGAGGAGGAAGGUGCACAGGAAUGAAGCUUGAUUGUCCACUUCACUGUGGUGGAUUUUGCUUCUAUGACUGCAUAAUGUGCAAAGCUCAUUGUCGACGAUAAGCUUUGGUUUGUUCUUUGAUGUCUUAAGUUCUAGCUAGUCUCAGGAUGUUCCCUCCCCUUUUUGGUUUUUGCAACACACGAGCUUGUUUUUUUUGGUACUGAAUGGCUAGCCAUAGCAGCCGACCUAAAUGUAGGGGCUAAGGCUUUGUCGUUGCUGUUAUAGUAUAACUAGCUAUGGCUGACAUUUCUGUGUUUGUUGAUUGUACACUCUUGGUAAACCCAUGUUAUGCUCCGCAGAUAUCGUCAGUCUAUUUUUUCAGUCUUGAUCUUGCUCCUCUGACCCCAUUCAAUUUCAAGUAUGCUUAAUAAUCACAAAUGUUCUCAACUUCUCAUGUACAAGGAUUCUCUUCGAUUAUUAAACCAACUAAUUGGAAUGAGAUGAGUAUUUUUGAAAAUAUAUUAGGAAAAUCGUAUUCCCAAAU